GGCAGGAGGCGCCCCCUGUGCUGACUCUUGUGGACUACGGUUCCCAGUAGAUCCUCGGGAGCUGAGGACGGCGCAGGUCGGAAGCUGCACGGCUCAUAUAGUGUGUUCUUCACACGGCAGGUUGUGGUGGCAGGAUGGACUGGAGGAGCAGCGCUGGUGGUGGCUCCCUCUACUGUCCCGUGAGUGACAGCGCAGCCGUGCCCCAGGUGUGACACCUGACCUGUGCGGCGCUUCCUCCUUCCCUGUUCCCCGGGUUCACUGUCUUGUGUCAGGGACGCUGGAGACGGGUCAUCUUAGUGGGGGCUGCGCUCCCAUAGUAUGGAGAGAGCCAUGGAGCAGCUCAAUCGUCUGACCCGAUCCCUGCGCCGAGCCCGCACCGUGGAGCUGCCGGAAGAUAAUGAAACUGCUGUUUACACCUUAAUGCCGAUGGUAAUGGCUGAUCAGCACAGGUCUGUUCAGGAAUUGCUUUUAAAUUCUAAGUUUGAUGUCAACUAUGCCUUUGGAAGAGUAAAACGAAGUUUACUUCAUAUUGCUGCCAAUUGCGGCUCUGUGGAGUGUUUAGUUCUGCUUCUGAAGAGAGGAGCCAACCCAAACUAUCAAGAUAUCUCGGGAUGCACACCUCUUCAUUUGGCAGCACGAAAUGGGCAAAAGAAAUGCAUGAGCAAACUCCUGGAGUAUAAUGCGGAUGUCAACAUUUGCAACAAUGAGGGCCUGACCGCUAUCCACUGGCUGGCUGUAAAUGGACGGACCGAGCUCCUGCAUGACCUUGUGCAGCACGUCAGCAAUGUGGACGUGGAAGAUUCUAUGGGGCAGACAGCUCUGCACGUGGCCUGUCAGAAUGGGCACAAGACGACGGUGUUAUGUCUAUUGGACAGUGGAGCAGAUAUAAACAGGCCUAACGUAUCUGGAGCCACUCCAUUGUAUUUUGCUUGCAGCCAUGGACAAAGAGAUACGGCACAGAUAUUAUUAGUGCGAGGCGCAAAGUACCUGCCGGAUAAGAAUGGGGUUUCUCCACUGGAUCUUUGUGUGCAGGGUGGUUAUGGAGAAACCUGUGACAUACUUAUACAGCAUCAUCCUAGACUUUUUCAGACGUUGAUUCAGAUGACUCAGAAUGAAGAGCUUCGGGAAAAUAUGUUACGGCAGGUCCUUGAGCAUUUGUCACAACAAAAUGAAAGCCAGUACCACAAUAUACUUACAAGCCUUGCUGAAGUUGCCACUACAAAUGGUCACAAACUCUUAAGUCUUUCCAGUAGUUAUGAAGCUCAAAUGAAGAGUCUGCUGCGGAUUGUGCGGCUAUUUUGCCAUGUUUUUCGCCUUGGGCCUUCUUCCCCCAGUAAUGGAAAUGACAUGGGCUACAAUGGAAACAAAACGCCAAGAAACCAGGUGUUCAAGGUCAGAAAAGUAUAUGACGUUUUUAGGAAGAUAGACGUAAAAGAGAUGAAUGUGACAAAGCAUGCACUCAUUUAUCACACCCCUACUGAACAGGACCCUCUAGAGUUACUUUGGCAUUCCUUAGAUGAAUGGCUUGUGCUCAUUGCCACUGAACUGACGAAAAACAAGAGAGACUCUAGCAACAUCGCUUGCAUUUUACUCAAGCAAAAGCCAUUGGAUCAACAAGAUUUUUCUCUCGAUCAUCAAUCACCUUUUGGAGAGAAUGGAAGCACAGAACAGCUCUCAGUAUCUUCGAGCACUGCGGACUUUGAGAACUGUGAAAAUGCUGGGAAGCAGGAAGCUGUCGCAGAUGGUCAGGAUGUUAUCUCAAUGACCGCAAAUAGGCUCAGUGCUGUCAUUCAGGCCUUCUAUAUGUGCUGCUCUUGCCAGAUGCCUCAAGGGAUGACUUCUCCAAGAUUUAUUGAAUUUGUCUGCAAACAUGAUGAAGUUCUGAAAUGUUUUGUUACAAGAAACCCUACAAUCAUAUUUGAUCACUUUCAUUUCUUGUUGGAGUGUCCUGAACUAAUGUCAAGGUUUAUGCACAUCAUCAAAGCUCAGUCUUUUAAGGAGCGCUGUCAAUGGUUCUAUGAACACCUCCUUGCUGGGCAGCCAGAUACUGAUAUGGUGCACAGGCCUGUCGGUGAGAACGACAUAUUGCUGGUUCAUAGAGAUUCUAUUUUUAGGAGUAGCUGUGAAGUGGUCUUUAAAUCAAAUAGUGAAAAGCUGAAGCAGGGGAUUGCUGUGCGGUUCCAUGGGGAAGAAGGCAUGGGACAAGGAGUUGUACGGGAGUGGUUUGAUAUUUUGUCUUCUGAAAUCAUCAAUCCUGACUAUGCUCUUUUCACACAAUCUGCAGAUGGAACAACUUUCCAGCCAAAUAGUAACUCGUCAGUAAAUCCGGACCACUUGAAUUAUUUUCGAUUUGCUGGUGAAAUCUUGGGACUUGCACUUUAUCACAGACAGCUGGUCAACAUUUACUUCACCCGGUCAUUUUACAAGCACAUCCUUGGUAUCCCAGUAAAUUAUCAGGACGUGGCCUCCAUUGACCCAGAAUACGCAAAGAACUUGCAGUGGAUUUUAGAUAAUGAUAUUAGUGACCUGGGACUGGAACUUACUUUCUCUGUGGAGACUGAUGUGUUUGGAGCUAUGGAAGAAGUGCCCUUAAAACCAGGAGGGGCGAGCAUAGUUGUUACCCAGGAGAACAAGGCAGAAUAUGUCCAGCUUGUUACUGAACUUCGCAUGACAAGAGCCAUUCAGCCACAAAUCAAUGGAUUUUUGCAGGGGUUCCACAUGUUCAUACCACCUUCUUUAAUACAACUUUUUGAUGAAUUUGAGCUGAAUCUUUCAUCACUGCAUUUUUAUCUAUUAAACGGUGUGAUGCCGCCGUCAUCUAGUAUGUUAUGAAAUAAACAACAGUGCUUUGAAAGAAUAAAUGCUUUAUGGUGGUUAGCACAGUACGGCAUUCCUGAUAUUUUUCCUCUGGCAUCUAGCAGUCAUAUGUACAAUAGUACCAACAAUGUAUUAUCUUUCUGUGCAUAUUCCGAAUUGUCUUCUAAAUGUAAUCUACAGAGUAAAUAAAUCCAAUGUGCUGUGAAGGGCCCCAGUGCAAAUAAGCUUUUCUGUAAUUGCAAGAUAGGAAGCUAGCAUUGCUGCACAUAGUGCAUCGCAAAGAUACACAUUAUUAACUAGCAAAAGAUAAAUAUGCACAGUCAGUCCUCUUAAUUUCCUAAUGCAAUUCUGGAGCACAUUGUGGCUCUCGCAGGGGGACAAAUAAGACACUUAUUAAUUGUUUACAUUUAUUAUCUGGAUUAUAGCACACAUUUUACAUGGAAAUCAGUUUGCGAUGGAAAGGCACUGUGCAAUUUAACAUCUCACUAUAUAUGUGCUGGCUCUGAGCUUUUGAAAUCUACUUCACAUUAAUUUUUUCUCAUAGUCUUUGAUAUUUCGGUAACAUGCAUGUCAGUGCUGUUAUUGCAAUUUUAAAUUACUCUACAGAGGCAUUGAAAAUGAAGGAGGAAAGCUCUAGAGCUGUGCCAUGUACUUAUUUGAGGACUAACACAUUUGUUUGAAUUAUUAAAAUAGGCUUGCUAUAUCGAGUUGUGCACCAGUAAGCUCUUUUUUUGGGUCACUAGUGAUGUUCCACUGUCAGCCAAGAUGUGGUUACUAAGCUGGAUACGUGUUAAUUCUUUUCUAAUCGUGUCCCUAUUCUCCACCAACACAAUAAAUACAAAGAAUUUUUCUGCCUAUCAAUCACUUUCUAGCGCAAGCAAUGAAAUGGGUUGCUGUACAGUUUGUGCACAUGUUCUGCUUUUAAUUAUUUGCAGAGUGAAUGGUGUCGGUGGGACGUAGAGUCAUCCAUGUGGCAUGCGGAAACAACAGCUUUCAGGCUGCCAUUCCUGUCACUUGUCUGACACAGUUCCUUAGCGAAGAAGUCCCAUAGUGUGCUCAUUGUUUGGACAUUUAUCACCCUGUAAAGAUUGUAUUUCCAAGUUAAUUGGUAA